AGGUUAGGAGGACCGAGGUUCUUUCUUUUUUGUGUUUCCUUAUGCACGGUUCAACUGAUUGUUUUCAGUGGUUCAUUUAAGAGCUGUAGAGAGCUGUCUUUCUGCUCAGAUCAGUGGAGAGAGUCAGGUGCUGGUCGCUGACAAAAGACAGAUUAAUGUAGUGUGUAGAGAGACAAACGUGACUCCUGAAGCGAGGAUCCAGUUAAUCUGUCUGAAGAGGCCAACAGUCAGGGUCCUGAGACCAGCAUCAUGUCGGAUAAAAGUGAGCUGAAAGCUGAGCUGGAGAGAAAGAAACAGCGUCUGGCUCAGAUCAGAGAGGAGAAGAAGAGAAAAGAGGAGGAGCGCAAGAAAAAAGAGGCGGAGCUGAAGAAGGAGGCCUCUCCCCUGCAGGAGGAUUCAGAUCUAGAGAAGAAGCGUAGAGAGGCCGAUGCUCUGUUACAGAGUAUGGGCAUCACACCUGAUGCACCUGUGGUUCCUGCACUAAUGUCUCCCACAGCCAAAUCUAUAGGCACUCCAAGUGAGGCAGGUAGCCAAGACUCUGGAGAUGGUGCCACAGAACCAAGGACUCUGCACUGGGACUCUGACCCCUCUACUCUUCUGCUUCACUCUGAGCUGGGACGUGGGCCGCUGAAGUUGGCCAUGGCGAAGAUGACCCAUGUAGACUUCCCACCCAAAGAGGUAGUGUCUUACACCAAGGAAACGCAGACACCCACCGUGACAGAGCAGAAAGAGGAGGAAGAGGAGGAAGAGACCCCUCCCUCACAGCCAGCAGUCGAGGCCAAGGAAGAGAAACCAGUGGAGAAACUGGAGGAUGAAGCGCCCCCUCAUGAGCUCACAGAAGAGGAGAAGUUACAGAUCCUGCACUCUGAAGACUUUAUGGAAUUUUUCGACCACAGCACACGCAUCAUGGAGCGUGCUCUUUCUGAACACGUGGACGUUUUCUUUGACUACAGCGGCCGUGACAUGCAAGAGAAGGAGGGUGAGAUGCAGGCUGGAGCCAAACUGUCUCUAAACAGGAAGUUUGUUGAUGAGCGCUGGUCCAAACAGCGAGUGGUCACCUGUCUGGAUUGGUCCCCACAGUAUCCUGAGCUGCUGGUCGCCUCUUAUAACAACAAUGAGGAAGCUCUGCAUGAGCCUGAUGGAGUGGCUUUGGUCUGGAACAUGAAGUACAAGAAGACCACACCGGAGUAUGUCUUCCACUGUCAGUCUGCAGUCAUGUCUGCAGCAUUUGCAAAGUUUCAUCCUAACCUGGUGGUCGGUGGGACUUACUCAGGACAGAUCGUCCUGUGGGACAACAGAAGUAACAGGCGCACUCCUGUCCAGAGGACACCUCUGUCUGCUGCUGCCCACACGCACCCAGUGUACUGUGUUAAUGUGGUCGGGACGCAGAAUGCUCAUAACCUCAUUAGCAUCUCUACGGAUGGGAAGAUGUGCUCCUGGAGUCUGGAUAUGCUGUCCCAGCCACAGGACAGUAUGGACCUGGUGUUUAAGCAGUCUAAAUCCAUUGCGGUCACCUCCAUGUCCUUCCCUCUGGGUGAUGUUAAUAACUUUGUGGUGGGGAGUGAGGAUGGAUCAGUGUACACAUCCUGUCGCCAUGGCAGUCGUGCAGGGAUCAGUGAGAUGUUUGAGGGGCAUCAUGGUCCGAUCACGGGGAUUCACUGUCACACUGCUGCAGGGGUGGUUGAUUUCUCUCAUCUCUUCCUGACUGCUUCGUUUGAUUGGACCGUUAAACUCUGGAGCACCAAGAAUAACAAGCCACUGUACUCGUUUGAGGAUAACUCCGAUUAUGUGUAUGAUGUCAUGUGGUCUCCGGUGCACCCUGCUCUCUUCGCAUGUGUGGACGGACUCGGACGCAUCGACCUGUGGAACCUCAACAAUGACACAGAGGUACCCACUGCCAGCAUGGCUGUUGAUGGUAGUCCUGCUCUAAACAGAAUGCGCUGGUCUCAGUCGGGCAGAGAAAUCGCCGUGGGAGACUCGGAGGGACAGAUCCACAUUUAUGAUGUUGGCGAGCAAAUUGCAGUCCCACGAAGUGAUGAAUGGACACGCUUUGUGCGGACGCUGGCUGACAUUAACGAAAAUCGUGAUGAUGCAGAAGAACUGGCCGCCCAGCGUCUCGCCGCUUGAUCGUCAUGGAAACGAACACCAAUCCAGAGAUCUCAGAAACAAACACCCCAAGACAAUGACCAUUGUAUUCAUCUCUCUUUUUGGAAAUUAAAUAGUUUUUUGUGUGCAAACCUUUGAUUCUGCCAUUUGUUUGUAAAAUUAAAUCUGAAUCCUGGGCUGUAGAUUCAAUUGAUAGUGUGGUUGCAGAAGGCAUCUCGCUUCAUGACCAGAAGCCUUAACAUUUGUUUGCAAAACCCCCCCAAAAACAUAAUGAAUGUUUCUCAGUUUAUAUGCAGGUACCUCUGAGCCUAAUAAUCUCUGGGUUUAUUAUACACAGCCAAAGAGAAGCAUCUACAUGAGUAAUUCACACAAAACAUAUCACGAACAUAUAGUUCUUUCUUUUGAUUUUGUUCUUGACUGGUUUUGUGAGAUUCAUCCAACACAUCUACAUUAUUCUCAAUACUAGAGUAAUCGCUGUAUUCUUUCAAACUAAAUAAGAACUAGAGAGAAUUCUAGAGAUCUACAUCUUUAAUGUUUAACUUAGAUCUGCUCCAUGAGUCACUAAUUCAACAUCACAUCAGUUUGAUGUUGAGUUCUGUUGUCUUGCUGUGGACAAAUACUAGUGACUUGUAACUUUCAAAUCUCAAGUGUUGUAAUGAAAUCUUUUCCUCUCCACCCGAGUCUCUUAUUUAUGAUGCACAUCAAUAUAGUGCUUGCUUUCAGACUCUCUCAUUUUGAGAGCAAGCUCUUCAACCAAAAGUAUUACACAUCUGUUUGAAACGGUGGCAGUAGCUUUUGCAGAAUCUCUUUGAAUGUCUUUUUAUAUUUACAAAUUCUUUUUCUAAGCCAGAACUUUGGUAAAUCUGUUCGUACCUCAGUCAGUUUGAAGUCCUCAGUCUGUAAUGUACUUGAGAGAAGAAAGUUGUCAGGAUUUAGUUUUUCAAAAACAUUCCUUGCACACUAUGUUUGAAUGUCCAAUAAAUUCUGCAUUUGA